AUGCGCGAGCUGUGUCGCCCCCUCUGCCUGGUGGCCGCCGUGCUGGGGCUGUGCGGGGGCAGCAGGAACUGCCCCGACCUCAUCGUGGACCGCUGCCUCUGCGCCGCCGAGCGCGGCAAGGGGCCCGGUCGCCCGGCCCUUCGCAUCAAAGUGGUCUGCACCGGCGGAGACUUGGUGGAAACUUUGCAGCCCGCCGUGCUGCCCGACCGCACCGUGUCCCUGAUUCUGAGUAACAACAAGAUCCUAUGGUUGAAGAAUGGCUCUUUCUUUGGACUGAGAUCCCUGGAGAGACUAGAUCUGAAGAAUAAUUUGAUCAGCACAAUUGAGCCGGGGGCCUUCUAUGGACUUUCAGAAUUGAAACGCCUGGAUCUUUCAAAUAACAGAAUUGGUUGCCUAACACCAGAAAUGUUUGUUGGACUCAACAAUCUUCACAAACUAAAUUUGUCAGGGAAUAUUUUUUCAAGUCUCAUGAAUGGACUUUUUUCUGAGCUUCUAGCUUUAAAAGCACUACAUUUCAACACUGACUCACUGAUUUGUGACUGUAAUCUCAAGUGGGUCUUGCAAUGGGCCAGAAAUGCUUCAGUUCGAAUAGCGGAGGAAACGGUUUGUGCUUAUCCCAGUGCUUUACAAGGACUGUCAUUUCGUAACUUGAAGGAGAACCAGCUGAUAUGUGGUGGACCACUGGAACUUCCUCUUUUUGAACUGAUCCCAUCACAAAGACAAGUGGUUUUCCAUGGAGACCGCUUGCCAUUUCAGUGUACUGCAACAUACGUUGACAAUACUACUGAAGUACAUUGGUACCAUGCUGGUCACUUGAUCAAAACAGAUGAAGAGAGUGGCAUAUUUGUGGAGGACAGCAUCAUUCAUGACUGCUGCUUAAUUACACGUGAACUUAUUCUAUCCAGCAUUGAUAUUGAUGCAACUGGAGAGUGGGAGUGUCUAGUCAACAAUUCCUAUGGAAACAGCACUAAACAAGUAGAAAUUGUGGUACUUGAAACAGCUGCACCCUACUGCCCUGCAGAAAGAGUUAUUAACAACAAGGGAGAUUUCAGAUGGCCCAAAACUUUGGCUGGGAUAACUGCUUACCAUCCCUGUCUCCAGUAUUCAUUUAACUCCAUUGCCUUUCACAAUGGUGCAGAAGAGUCUAAGGCAUGGCGUAAAUGUAAUCGAACUGGACGUUGGGAUGAAGAAAACUAUUCAGAAUGUCCUUAUUCACAAGAAGUAACUCAAGUUCUUCAUGCUUUUAGUCAGAUGCACAUCAAUUUGACAACCGUGCUUGAAUUUUCCCGCCAGCUGACAGCCUACACAAGAGGUGCUCCUCACUUUGCAGAUAAAAUGGAUGUAAUAUAUUUGGCUUAUAUAAUGGAAAAAUUAAUUGUCUUCGUGGAUGCAGUUGAAGAUAUUGGGGAUGCUCUCAUUGAAAUUGCCAGCAAUAUAAUGCUGGUUGAUGACCAUGUGUUGUGGAUGGCUCAAAAGGAAGACAAAGCCUGCACUAGGAUUGUACGAUGCGUGGAACAUAUUGCAAGUCAAAUACUGACCAGCAGUGUUCAAGUUAUAUCAAAGCUAUCCCACAAUAUUGCUCUGGAAGCCUUUAUGAUUAAGCCAUCUAGUUUCACAGGAAUGACUUGCACUGCUUUCCAGACAAUAUCUGGAGAUUCUGAUAAGCCAGUAGUGCAUGAUUUGGGAAACUGGGAAACAAAUCAACAGUCUGAUCAACAUUUAAAUUUCAAGUGCAACACUGGCAAUCUGUAUGGUUCCUUGGAGAAUUCUUCUACGAGGAAUGCUGUAGCAGUAGCUUCAGUUCAUUUGCCACAGUCUGUCUUCUCUCAGUCUUCAGCCUGGCAAUCUGUUGAUAACUCCACUUGCAAGCUACAGUUUAUUGUCUUUCGGAAUGGAAAACUCUUUCCUAGCACUGGAAACUCAUCAAAUCUUGCAGAUGAUGGGAAACGUAGGACGGUUGCCACGCCAGCUGUUUUUGCUAAAAUAGAUGGGUGCAGUUUUGGAAACCUCACCAGCCCUCUUACUAUAGGGUUGAGGCACUUUGGACGGGGUAUAGACCCCAUUGCAGCCUUCUGGGAUUUUGACCUUCUAGAUGGACAUGGAGGCUGGUGGGGAGAAGGGUGCCACAUAAUUAGUUCUUCAGGCAAUAUUACCACCAUUCAGAGUACACACUUCAGUAACUUUGCAGUGCUAAUGGAUUUUAAGACAGUGCUGUCUUUCCCCCAGUACCCAGGGGAGUUUCUGCACCCUGUGGUAUAUGCAUGUACUGCAGUUAUGUUGUUGUGCCUGUUUGCCUCCAUUAUCACCUACAUUGUCCAUCACAGCACAAUCCGAAUAAGCAGAAAAGGAUGGCAUAUGCUUCUCAACUUCUGUUUCCAUACUGCUCUCACUUUUGCUGUUUUUGCUGGUGGAAUCAAUCGCAUUAAAUAUCCAAUUAUAUGUCAAGCUGUUGGCAUAGUACUACAUUAUUCUACACUCUCUACCAUGUUAUGGAUUGGGGUAACUGCAAGGAAUAUUUAUAAGCAAGUCACAAAAAAACCUCAGCCAUGCCAAAACAGUGACCAACCUUCUUAUCCAAAGCAACCACUACUCAGAUUUUACCUGAUUAGUGGCGGAGUUCCUUUUAUUAUAUGUGGGAUUACAGCAGCAACCAAUAUCAAUAAUUAUGGAAUUGAAGGCAAUGCACCAUAUUGCUGGAUGGCAUGGGAGCCUAGUCUUGGUGCUUUUUAUGGGCCAGUAGCAUUCAUUGUGCUAGUCACCUGUGUUUACUUUCUCUGCACGUACGUGCAGCUGAAGCGCCAUCCCGAGCGCAAGUAUGAGUUGAAGGAAAAGACGGAAGAUCCGCAGAGAACACCAAGUACUGAGGUGGGCCAUGGUCACAUUACAGACUCUGCAUCCAUUCCCCAGUCAGCCUGUUCCAUGAUUUCUUCUUCCUUAUUGGAAAAUGAGCAUUCAUUUAAGGCUCAACUUCGAGCCGCAGCAUUCACUUUGUUCCUGUUCACUGCCACUUGGACCUUUGGAGCACUUGCAGUAUCUCAAGGUCAUUUCUUGGAUAUGAUAUUCAGCUGUCUUUAUGGAGCCUUCUGUGUGACCUUGGGCCUUUUCAUCCUGAUCCAUCACUGUGCAAAGCGAGAUGACGUGUGGCAUUGCUGGUGGUCCUGUUGCCCAUCUAGAAGAAACACCUAUUCUGUCCAAGUUAAUGUGCGUCCAAAGGUCAGCAUCAACGGUGACACUCAAAUUCAUGCACCUUGUCUUCAGGAAUCACCAUGUCCAAACAAAACAGCUGUGUUUAAUCAUCCACCUGCGAGCCACUGCAAACUCACUAACCUACAAGCGGUUCAAAAUCAUGUUAACUGUCUUUCGCCUGUGACACCGUGUUGUGCAAAAAUGCACUGUGAUCAGCUACUUGAUGAUGAAGCUCACAUUCAUGUCCAUAAUGAGGGAACCUUCAGGCCCAAUAUGCACAUUCAUAGAUGUCUGAAAAGCAGAACUAAGCCACGUUAUUUCAGUCGGCAUAGGUCUGCAGGUGAAAGAGAAUACGCCUAUCACAUCCCUUCAAGUCUCGAUGGCAGCAUUCACAGCUCACAUACAGACAGUCCCCACAGUACACAUGACAGCCAGUCAGGUCACAGACGGGCCUGCUGCUCAAAAAGUGAUCCAUAUCCUACUGUCAACCAGCCUGAAAGUAGUGAUGCAAGUACUGUAAUAUACAGUUGUGCCAAAAUAGCAGAGAGCGACACUGUGCACCAUCCAGCUCAUUUUGAAAUGCACCCACGGACACAGUCAUUGCCAUUUAAUACGACGAAUCACAACGGAAUUCUCAAGGGAAACAUGCAUGAAGCCAUGAUAUACAGCUCAGAUAGUACAGGAAAUAUCAAAACUGGCCCUUGGAAGAAUGAAACUACUGUGUAGUUCGUGGGCCAUCAUAAUGCGUUUUUUCCCCCUAAACCAUCAUUAUCUUU